UCACCAGGAGGCCCUUGCCGUAUCCCAUGCCGCCAUCACGGGGAUCAGCGCCCUCCCGAAGCCCAGCUGCCAAAGGCUGGCCCGCCAGCACCCUUGAUCAUCUCGUACAUGACGAUGCCUGCAGCACACAGGCACCAAUUCACGUAUGGCACACACAUUGGCAGAUGUUGUGACAAAAAGUCGACGUACCCAGGGAGACAAUGUCGGCCUCUAGUCCGUGGUGCUUCAUGCCGAGCAGAAACUCUGGGCUCUCGUAGCCCCUCGUGCCGUGGCACACGUAGGUCGGUGGAUUGAUAUUGUGGAUGGCAGGGACAUGCACGCAUCGCGACGGUGCUCUCGGGGGGACCGAAAUCGCACAGCUUCAACGUCUCCCUAGAGGAAGAAACAUACAAAGAGAAAAGCCGUAUUUGUGUGUCGGGGCUUCCCUCCCCCUGUCUGCCGUGUCUUUGUGUGUGUGUUACCGGCCAUUGCGCCCCUGCAGCAGCAUGUUGUUGGGUUUCACAUCCCGGUGGGCGACACCUUUGCUAUGCACAUGGGCCAGCGCCUGCAAUGCCUGCAUCACACACCAGACACACCUUAGCCUUGCCCUGCGUGUCUGUGUAUGGUGUCUGUGUCUGUGUGUACCCGGAACAUGAAUCGCUUCACGCGGCGGGGGCCGAACUUGCGGCGGCUGUAACGAUCAUACUGCACAGUAAGAGAGAAGAACAGUGCAUUCGCACCUGCGUCACGUCGUGUUGAUGGGGUUCUGAGCAAUCACGAUUGUGUGGAUGGCAGAUACACAGAUAUAAAAUGUAGACAGCCAUGUGUCUCGUCUCUGUCUGUGUAUCGCCCCAGCAGCCGCAGCAGCAACCGCAGCAGCAGCCGGUGCAGCGGGAGGGGGCCGGUGGCGGGUAGCUGUCGCCCGCCUCGUGAUUCCAAUGGAGAAACUCCUGUGUGGUAUACAAAUGCAGCAACGUAUCAGUGACGCCCGUCUGUCUGUCUGUCUGUCGGUCUGUGUCUCUGCGUGUCUUACAGCUUUGUUGAAGUUGUCGAAGUACGGGUGGUUGAGGGCGGUCGCAGCAGUGAUGCGGUCGUAGGGGUUGAACUUCCACAUGCUGCACACACACACAGAAUGCUGGAUGGGCGUGUGGAGACACACACACGUGACACACAUGUCUCCUCCCGUGUUUGUGGCUCACCUGUACAGCAGUGCGAUCUGUUCCUCAUCGAGGCGGUCAGCAUUUGGGAGAGUCCGCACGGCAAUAUGUGGAAACUGAAGGGGACACUUAAACACUUAAACACUAUAGUGAGGGAGUGAGGUGAGUGUACCUGGUCGUCACGUGGGGCACACCGACCUGGCUGAGAGGGCAGAUGAUACCGGCUGCGAGUCUGACAAACUCCCAGGCGACUUCCACGCUCUUCCCCCCUCCGCCAGGAAGGACAGCCAGGAGUCCCGCAACCACCCAAACGGCGACCCCCAAAAUGAUGCGGCCGGCCUGCAGCACAACAGCAUAAACAUGAGAUAGAUACCAGCCCAGACCUUGUGUCUCCGGAGCAGCUUCAAAUUGUUGAUCCUUUCAGUGUACGGGCCGCCCGAAUCCUCCCUCCUACCAUGACGUAGUGGUCGUGUUCGUCACGGACCCUCUCCUUUCUCCACAUGAGCUCCCACAAGCUGCCGCCCCGAACGAGUUCAAACACCAUGUAGAAGCGCUUGUUGGCCUCGUCGACCCACGCCCCCUUCAUCUCCACGACAUUGGGAUGGUGAAACUUGUCUCCCAGCUCCUGCAACACACACACACACACAGAGAGAGAGAGAGAGAGAGGCGUGCAUGAAUUAGUAUACCCACUUGUGCAGCGCAGCGCUGCCUGGCUUGCAAGGACCCUUUGCCCCCAUGCACCAGUGUGCCCUUGCCUCACUCGUGUGCGACCACUCACCAUUUCCCUUUUGUUCUGGUUGUCCAUGUGUCCCUGGUGGCUGAAGUCUUGCACCUUGAUGGCCACAGCGAAAGAGGCAAUCCCGUGAACACCGGCAUGAACAUUUCUUGACCUGAAGAUCAAAGAUACAGACAUCGCAUACCAUGCUGUUGCUUUCGUCGUCACCAAUUCCUCCAGCCUUUCGACUUCCUCGUCGUGCUUUUUGAUGGCGGUCGCCCUUCUGGCACAUCAAGGCCCUCUGCGUGCUGGUCACAAAGGAGAUACAAGCGUCGCAUGUGUGGGAAUGUCGUGAGUGCGUACUGAAGCUCUGUGACGCGCCUCUGUGCCGUUGCGAACACGGGAUUCAGCGUCCAGAUGGCUUCACUGGACGAAGACACACAUACAGAACACCAUAACGCCGUGUGUGUGCUGGUGUUUUGGUUCACUGACUCGUGCUCCUCCUCGGCGUUCUGGAUGCGCUCGUUUAGCUGGGCAAUCUCGGUCUCUAACAAAUCUAUGCCUGUGUCACACACACAUGUGAUUUGUGAUUUGUGUGGUCCGCACUCAAGCGCACACACGACAAGUGUACAAGCGUCCGUCUGUCUGUCUGUCUGUUUGUGUCAGGAGAUGCAUUGAGGUCCUUGGCAUUGAGGUCGAUCUGUGCCUUGGCGCUGUUGUCGGCUAUGGUCCUGGGCACGCACAUCCACACACACGUGCACACGUGUUGCAACAGUAAGGGGAGCGGCUCACUUCUUCGACUGUUUGACCCUCGUCUCGUGGCUCACCAGCUUCUGCUUCAACUCCUGUGUACGCAUACAGAGACAUCCGCAUUCGCGUGAGGUGAGUAUAUGUGCGGGCAUGAAUGCGUUGAUCAGUACCUUUAUGUUGUGUUGGAGGGCUUUGCGCGUCUCGGUGAUCUCUAAAACGUCUAGCUCAGACUUUGACCUGACUGGACCAACGUGAGUGAGCGCUUACCCCGCCACAAGAGGCCCAGCCUCUACUUGAGCCUCAGCCACGUCUUCUCCGGCACAAACGUGGCCGCGAGGAUGCCUCCCGCCACCAAAGCCGCGCCGACCAACAAUCCGAACGCCAUAAUCUCAGCAAGACCUGACAAUGCUGAGUACACCCAAUCCCAGAUGCAUCCGAAUGCUGCCGAAUCGUUGCGAUCUCACUGGACACUUGCCUACCGAACGUUGCCCAGUUCCUCAU